AUGACUGUGGCUAGAGACCGGCCCACUGACGAGGAGACGCCCUUGCUUGACGAGCGACACGACAAAAAGCCCCAGCCCGGUCCGAUCCCGUGGAACCAGUUUUCGAUUGUACUGUUCCUGCAGCUGGCUGAGCCGCUCACGAGCCAGGUCAUCUACCCCUUCGCCCCUCAGCUCAUCCGUGAUCUCGGUAUCACCAACGGAGAUGAAGCCAAGGUUGGGUAUUAUGUCGGCAUGAUGCAAUCCAUCUUCUUUGCCACGCAAGCGAUGACCGUCAUGCACUGGAGCCGGGUGUCCGAUUACCUAGGCCGAAAGCCUGUAAUCCUGACCGGACUCUUCGGCUUGUCUCUCUCAAUGUAUUGCUUCGGGCUGUCCAAGACCUUCUGGGGUCUCGUUUUCAGCCGAUCCCUCAAUGGCGCUCUUAAUGGCAACAUUGGGGUAAUCAAAAGCAUGAUGGCGGAGCUCAUGGACUCCGGAAACCUUGCACAGGCAUAUGCAUAUAUGCCAAUCGCCUGGAGCACUGGCGGCACUCUAGGGCCUAUCAUCGGCGGAGUGUUGUCUCGUCCUGCGGAACGGUUCCCCAGCGUAUUCGGAAACUCGGACUUCCUCAAGGAAUACCCGUAUUUUUUACCCUGCGCGGUACCAGCCACAUUCUCGGUUUUAGCUUGGCUAGUGACGCUUCUCUUCCUCAAAGAGACCGUACGCAACCCCAUGCCGCUCUCCUCCCUCAUCGCCACCCGCAAAUCCAAGUCGAACCUCGCCCUGCAGACCGUCGCCGCCUCCACCGAUCCCACGGCCUCCUCCAUCCCCUCCAAGACCGCCUCCGACGACUAUACCCCCCUCCCCUUCCGCGCGCUCCUUACCUUCCCCGUCCUCGUCUCCGCUGCGAACUACGCCUCCCUCUCCCUCGUAGACAUCGCCUUCCGCGCCAUCCAGCCUCUCUUCCUCUCCACCCCCAUCGCUCUCGGCGGCCUCGGCCUCCCUCCGCACCGCAUCGGCGCCAUUCUCUCCGCUUUCGGGAUUCUCAACGGGCUCUUCCAGGUGCUCUGGUUCGCCAAGAUUCACGACCGGUGGGGCGCGAAGCGCGUGUUCAUCGCCGGCAUCGCGAGCGCAAUCCCGGUCUUCGCCCUAUUCCCCGUCAUCAACGCGCUUGCGCGGGCAGACCCGGGACGCGAAGGGUGGCUGGUGUGGAUCGCGGUCGCGGCGCAAGUCGUACUGUCGAUCCUGAUCAGUCUGAGCUACGGUUGUAUAUUCAUAUUUAUCUCGGGUUCCGCGCCGAACCGGGCGUCGCUCGGCGCUACGAAUGGACUGUGCCAGAUGACGGUCUCCAUCAUGCGCGCCAUCGGUCCGGCGGCGGCCAACUCCCUCUUCUCGCUCUCCAUCGACGCUGAGCAUCAUUAUCUCGACGGGAAGCUCGUAUACGUGGUAAUGGAGGUGUUGGUUUGCGUUGCAGUGGUAAUAGGCUGCUUGCUGCCGCAUCGGGUGUGGACAAACGGGGUUUGA